AUGCUAAGAAGACAAGAAGAAGAUAAUGAAAGGCUACAAAAUGGCAUACGUAGCAGAAUUUCAUCACCUUCCUCAGAAAGUAGUCUGGAGUCGGAACGAGAAUAUACACAAAGCGACUCGGACGAGACUGGAACAGAAAGGAGCUUCCACAUGGAAUUCAAAGAAGUGGAAGACAGAGAAUGCGAGUCCCCCGGGGAGGACACAAGAAAACAGAAAGAAGAAGAGCAGAUGGAAGGAUCAAGAAGCGGAAGAAGAAGCAAAAAGGAUCAAAGAAAACGAAGACGACGAAGACAUUGUGUGGACCCAAUCGAUGACCCACUCGAUAUUACAAACCAAUCGAGACGCACGUCAACGACGUCCCUCCAAGAUUUCUUCACACCGCAGAUUAGGGAAGAAGAAAACGAUGUAGAGUUCGACGUCGCGGCAGCAGAGUGGGCGAGAGUUCAGAGCCUGCAAGAAGAGCUACAACGAUAUUACUCCGACAGUAAGCAGGGAAAAAGAGCUUUCCAGAAAACUAAGAAAACAGACGAGUUUUACGCCGGAGUCACAAAGAGAUUGAUAGCAAAAAUAAGGAAGUUAGAGCAAGUACUGGAGGUGACCAGGAGCAACCAAGCCAACGCUCAGGCCAGCCAAAGCCAAUACGAAAUACAAAUAAUCCUGGCAGAAGAGAACAAGAGAAGAGAGGCUGAUAUGCAAAAGAUACUCAACGCCAUAACAGAGCAGAAAGAAACUGAGAACAAAAAUAGAAAAUACCUCCAAACGCAACAGGUACAAAUGAGACUACAAUUGGAGAAAAUGGAGAAAGAGAUGAAGGAGAUAAAAGAAGCAAACAAGAAGAAAGAGGUAACAAAGGAAGCGAUAGAGAAGGUAGAGCUCCCUUUUAUACGCGUGUUUCCGAGGAAUGAAAGAUCCCCCAGGGGAUACUUACUCAAGUAAGGUAAUUUUCGGCCACAUCCGCCAUCUUGGAUUUUUGAAUUUUCAAAAUUUGACCAGAAAUUCGAGUUUCCCGUCGAAAAAUACCCACUGAUACCGAAAAUCAGCAUGAUUGAUCGAACAGGAGCCGAGAUAGCAUUUUAGGCCACAUCCGCCAUCUUGGAUUUUUGAAUUUUCAAAAUUUGACCAGAAAUUCGAGUUUCCCGUCGAAAAAUACCCUCUGAUACCGAAAAUCAGCAUGAUCGAUCGAACGGGAGCCGAGAUAUCAUUUUAGGCCACAUCCGCCAUCUUGGAUUUUCGAAUU